AAAUCAAUAAUUCAAUUAAAACAUCGUUCCCAAAGCUAAAUAAGAUGUGAUCUUAUGUUAGUUGUAUGAGAAGUGGCAGUUUAUCGCUGAACAAACAUUAUCGGCACGGAUGGAAUGUCUCUGGCUUGUUCAGACGCGCGGGUAUGAUGGUGGUGCGGUUGAACCUGCGCGUGGCGUUGGGCGCGCUGUGCUGCGCCGUGCUCGCGCUCAUGCUGUUCUGGGCGCGCUGCGGAGAGCUCAGCCGGCCGCCAGUCGGUUCGAUGCUAUCAAACGCAUUGACCGAGCGAGCCGCGCGCGAUGUGAUCGAAUGUUCGAUCAACGGCGAAUAUUCGAUCGCUUGUCGAAGGGACCAGGACGAUGUGUACGUGCCGUUCAACUUCAUAAGGAAAUACUUCGAGAUAUACGGAAAGGUAACAUCAGUGGAUGGCGUCGACAAAUUCGAAUGGUCUCACAGCUACAGCAAAAUCUACCACCCGAAGAAAAAGUACGAUCCGCGCGGCACCUUCGUUACCUUCGAGAACUACAACGUCGAGGUUCGCGACCGCGUCAAGUGCGUGAGCGGGACGGAAGGCGUUCCCGUCUCGACGCAAUGGGAGCCCAGAGGCUUCUAUUACCCAACGCAGAUAGCUCAAUUUGGCUUGUCACACUACAGCAAGAAUAUAACAGAGCCUGAACCAAGAAUAAGGGUGUUAGAUGACAGCGAGAAGUAUUUAGAGAACUGGAUUGUGAGUAAAGACGCGUCUUUGUCAAGGGAAGUUGAUGAUAAAGUGCGUUCGAAGGUUUUAAAGUUUUCGACGACGGAGUUGGCGUCGAGCCAAGUGUGGGUGAAGGUGAACAUUAGCCAGGACUUCGUGUUGAGUUUGGACGUGCUGUUGAGGCCGAACUCGUCGGUGACGGUGGUGCUGCAGCACAAGGAGAGGAAAGAGACUGCUUAUUUGCAUUACGUUACGAAUACACAGAUGAUUUAUGCUCAGGAGGAGCACAUAUACUACGGCAUCGGUGCAGAGGCAAUAUGGCGGCGGCUGACGCGCGAUUUAAUCGUCGACAUGCAAAAAGGCUGGGCCUUGUUGGACAGGCCCAAACGGAAGUCGCCACGGACCAAGUUCAAGAUCUCCAGCAUAAUCCUAAGCGGCAACGGUUCCCUCGACAACCUGACCAUAAGCACCAGCGCACACAUGGAGCAGUUCUACGCGGCCGCCUCAUGGCUGGUGCGGCGACAACGGGCCCGGAGCGGAGGCUGGCCCAUACCCGUGCGCCGCCGCGUGGCUGCAGGGGUCACUGACCUGCGGCCUGGCUGGCACUCAGCAAUGAGCCAAGGGCACGGCAUCUCGCUCCUCGCCAGGGCGUUCCACCGUAGCGGAGACGCCGCGUACCUGCGAGCGGCUAAAAAGGCCCUUUAUCUACUAGACGUACCGAGCCACGCAGGCGGCGUUAAGGCCAUGUGGAUGGAUAAGCAUGUUUGGUAUGAGGAAUACCCGACAAAGCCGCCGCUGUUUGUCCUAAACGGCUUCAUAUACACGCUCCUCGGGCUCUACGACCUCCACGUGAUCGAAGGUGACAACUCCAUCUCCCUAGCCAAGAAGAUGUUCGAUGACGGCAUGACGUCACUCAAGACAUUACUUCCAUUGUUCGACACGGGCAGCGGCAGCUUUUACGACCUUCGGCAUUUCACGCUUGGCGUAAGUCCUAAUAUCGCACGAUGGGAUUACCACGCUACGCAUGUGAAUCAGUUGUACUUACUAGCGGGGUUAGAUGAUGACCCAAUUUUGAUUAAUACGGCUAAGAGAUGGGAGGGGUAUAUGCAGGGAAAACGGGCGGCGCAUAAUUGAGUCGAAUUGAAUUUUAUUGCGUUGCAAUAAGAACUAUUUACUAUUGAAACUGGUGUCUAUGACGACUGGCAUU